AUGGCCACCCAAAAAGGCCCUUCAGACCUCCAGAAAAUCAUGAACAAGCUCGGGUUGAAGUUGAAUCUUCCCACUUUAUUGCUGAUGUUUAAGGAGCCUGGAUCUCAGGCUACCGAGGAGCUGUUGCUCCCACAAUCGGUCUCGCCAUGUAUUCAUCCUUUCGCCCAGCCUACUUUCAGCGAGCUCACGAUUGCUAGAUAUCAAGAUGCUGGCGUCGCCAGACACUAUUCGACCAUUGGCUACCUCAUCCCUAUCAUGUCCCUCUUCGUCGUUCCUAUCCUGCCUCGAGCCAGAUUUCUUCAGAAUUUUUUCGUUACCUGCUUUCUGACUUGCCUUGCCGCUGCUAUCUCACUCCUUUAUAUGUGGACCGCUAUCAAAGCGCGACAAAAUACCACCCACCUUUCAGAAGAGCGAAACAAUGGGCCAGUUCCUGGAGCCGAAAUUGUCCCAUACAAUGCUGCAGCUAGUGCCUGCCUGGCUGUUUGGUUCUUCUUUGUGCUAUGGCUGUACAAUACCUUUCGUGCAUAUCGACCCCAGUACUUCCUUCCUCUUAUUGUUUUCUCAAUCUUCAUCAACAUUACUGCCACAUAUGGGUGCAUCUUCCCUACGAUGGAACAGGCCUAUUCCUUGACCAGGUUUCUCCUUGAUACCUUUUUCGUCGGAUUCGGAAUUGCCUUUGCGGUCCACUUUGUGGUUCUGCCAAUCACCACACGAGACCUUGUUACCCUCAUGCUGAAUGAAUACCUCCAUCACCUUAAAGUGGUUUUCGAUGCCCAAGGCGCGCUCAUCCAUUCCUUACCCGCUCGAGAUUGGGGUGUCGUGAGUGGAACUAGCAGUCUUGAGGGCGAAAGUGAUAACAGCAAUCCGGAUGAGAGAAUCACACCCUGGCCGGAAGCUGAUACCUGGAGGACUGCCACCGCGGCAGCAACGGAAUCUCAAGUCAAAAUCCACUCGGAAAUGCGAUACGUCAAACGAGAGUUUGCUUGGAGCAAACUGGCCGCAACGGACUUUGUGUGCAUCACGAAAUUGCUCAAGAAUAUCCUCGUUCCUGUUGCUGGUAUGGAGACCGUCAUUCAAGUGGGAGAUCGUGUGGAAAAACAGGGCGGAUGGGCUUCUAUGAAACCCCCUAAAGAUGGCUCUAGUUCCGGUGUUUCCGAACCGUCCAUGGAUGAAGAAGAGAAAGAACGUUGGGGUUGGUUCUUUGAUCAAAUCCACGAACCUUACAAACAACUCGAACGAGCAAUGAUUGACGGUCUCGACUACGCAUUUCACACGAUGGGAAUCACCAAGAAGCCAAUGUUCAGCACAAGCCCGGAACUGGAAGCGAGAGGAGCAGAUUCUCUAGAUGGCAAAGGGUUUGCCAAGUACCUUGAAGGAACCAUUGACAAUUUCUUGACCGAGCGAGAAGGGCCUUUGAGGGAAUGGUGUCGGUUGAAUGGCAUGGACGACUCCAAGGAAACAUCUUCGAGGAAGCUGCUUCAUCAACGACAUCGAUCUCAACUGUACCUCAUCCUUGACCUCGAGUACUCCGUCGUCACCACUGCGAAAGGAAUUCUGGAUCUCGUUCGCUUCGCCGACUCCAAAGUUGAAGACGGAACCAUGAGGAAGAAACGCCUUAUUGUUCCAACCUGGAAACAAUUGAAAAAGUGGGCCUGGGCUCUCAUUACUCGAGAAGACGGCAACCUGGACUACCACACCUACAGCUACCGUAGCGGCACUCCGACUGUGUAUCUCGGCAAUGCUCUAGGCGUGGAACGAGACCCUGAACAUCUCCUACCGGAAACUUGGUUCGAGAAGUUUACGGAUUAUUUCCGGAUGAUCCCCAAGAUCUUCGGCUCCAAGGAAUCCUGGUUUGGCUUCAAAGUGGCUACGGGCACAAUGUUCAUCGCGAUAGUCUGCUACCUACGCAACUCUCAGGAAUUUUAUAUCAAACAGCGUCUCAUUUGGGGCGCGAUCAUGGUCGCCAUCAGUAUGACGCAGACGGCCGGAUCCGGCAUGUACGGACAAUUCUUACGUGUCUUCGGCACGUUCCUCGCCAUGAUCUUCUCCUACAUUGACUGGUACAUCGUGGACGGGCAUACCGCGGGAGUCAUUGUCUUUGUCGGCGUCACCAUGUUCCUGUACCACUACCUCAUGGUUACCAAACCCGACGACCCCGUCAUUCCUAUGAUCGGCAUGAUCACUGUGGUUUUGAUCGUGGGCUAUGAACUCCAAGUGAAACAAGUCGGCAUACCUAUCUCUGUUUCCAAUGGCCAAGUCUUUCACCCUGUGUAUGAAUUGGCACCGUAUCGACUAGCUUGUGUGCUCGCUGGCGUGGGUAUCGCAUGUCUCUUGACUUAUUUUCCAUCCGUCACGACGGCGAGGAGCGAAAUGCGGAAAGAUCUCGGAAAUACCAUGUAUCUUCUAGGUCAUUACUACAGCUCCACACACAAAGCCGUGUCUCUGCGCCUCAAGGGUCUGGAAGGAGAUAUAAGGGACAAAACCAGCCCGAUUAGAAAAGUGGAGAAGGCUCGGAGCCGGUUGUUCGCCAAACAGUUGAUUCUGAUCCAAGCUAUGAAGAAUCAUUUGAAAUUCAUCAGAUGGGAACCCACGUUCGGAGGUAGGUUUCCCAGAGAGACCUACGGGAGACUCCUCAACCAUACGCAAAACAUCCUCCGCUUUACUGGCAUGGUAGCCCAUGUGACCAAAACCUUCGAAGAACUGCCCGAAAACACCCACAGACACCCCCCGGUGGCCGAGGAGAGCAUGAGCGAGACCGUCAAAGGCACCUGGCUUAAGGAGUUUAAGGACCUUAUCGCCUCGCUAGAGUUGACCUCGCACGACGUCACUUCAUUGCUUGCCAUCAUCUCUGGCGCCAUCGUCACCGGCAAGCCUUUACCGCCGUACCUCAAGGCCCCUGAACACUACCACAUCGGCGAAACGCUCACGCGGUUGGACGCUGAUAUCUUGAGUGUCAAACACGUCUGUGAGCCCGGGUACUCGGCAUUUGCUGUCAUGCAGGUGAGCACGACGAUGUUGGCGCAAGAUCUCGCGGAUUUGUUGGUCGAGACAAAGAAACUGGUCGGGGAAGCGGAUUUCAGUCUCGAUGUGGUUGAGGGUGAUUAUGAGAAGAGAGUCGGUGUCAAUACAGUUUCGGCGACAUUCAGGGCGAAGGCGGAUUAG